ACCUGUGUGCUGUCAGCAGAUGUGGUCUACAAACCAUUGUGGUGUCGGAAGCACGGGCUGCGGCAAGAUAAUAAAUUGCGGUAAGAUCAUUUUAUGUAAAUUGUUAUUGUUAUUAAUCAUUACUUGCUCUAUCCAGGUGUUUGAUAAGUGACUCAGCUUGACUUUCUAUUGACAUAUUGCCAUAAUUGAAUGGAUCAUCCAUGCAUUAUGUAUGACAGAUUUGUACUUGUGGCUCCUGAUUGGCGAGUAUUGAUUGAUUUGGAGUGUUGCUCACAAUGUGGGUGUGUGGAUGAUGAUGGGAGGUGCUCAAGCUCACAAUGGAUUCACAGUUGCAGAUGCUACCGAUCACACUGUUGGAUAUUUAACAAGUACAGACAGGUAAUCUUAAAAAGUAAACUAUGUGGCAGAAUGAAUUAAGCCGUAUUUGUUUUGUUCAUUUUCAACUUCAGUGUACAGGUGCAUUUCUUGCAUGAUUCAUUAACUUAACAUGGAAAUGUGAUGUUCCAAGAAUAAUUUAUUACUGUCUUUCUUUAGUCAAGUUAUUGAGGGUAUUAUAGUACCAUUAUUCAGGAAGUGCUUUGCAUGUGUAUCUCAUGCUGUGUGUUCUCUUCACUUUGCUCUGCAUAAGAUGACAGCUCCUUUAAAGCUUCCUGUGAAUGAUCAAGAUGGUAUCGAGCUUGAGAAAAUAGAGGACCAUGUGUCUGAUGGCAACAUCCCCAGGCCAGUGAUGGACAAACCACCUAGAAAGAUGACGGGCAAGUUGGCAAGUGAGGUAUGCAGACUGAGCACCAUCUCAGAGCAAGAACCAAACACCAAUCCCAGUUCCCAUGUUCCCAUGGUUGGCAGUGAAGUGGGUGGAUCCAGCUUCUCCCUGUGUUCUGACAAGUUUAAGAACAGCAGCAGUCAUUUUUCCUCUGAUGAUUCAUACCAGCCUGGCAGUGGAGAUGACUGUGCAACACUUCUUCUCGCCUGUCUGCAUUGUCGUUUCCAUGAGUUUAUGGUCCUCCUACCGGAUACGUGUGAGAGGGCUGUGAGUCGCUGUUUUCCCUCAUACAAGUAUAUCACAGCGUCCAGUGAUAGAGACCAGCGGGGAAAGGACUGCUGCAACUACCACCUGGAACUGGACUGUAACUGCUGUGGCUCCUGUCAGGACGCAGGAGAACUUAUAGAGCUGGCCAUGGAGAUAUCAGAGGUGUGCUAUCGCUGAUAAAUUCCUCACCUCUGGCCUGUAAACACAAUGAAUUCCCUUCAAAAACUAAAUCAAAAACAUAAAUCUUAAACACUUGGAUGCUCAACAAAAAUAAUUACUGUCUCAUCUUAUUCACAUAUACUGUAUGUAAUAAAUUGCCUGCAUUGUUUUUAUUAUAUUGCCCGCAUGUGGAAAUUCACAUGAUCUUUAACUUGUGUGCCUCAACAUUAUUCAAGCAGGUAACUACUGUAGACUAAUGUACUAAUGUAGAGUUGUUUGUUAUAAUAGAAGACACAAAUAGCUCAUUUUGGUUACAGCCACACUCGCACCACUGUGCAAAGUAAAUCCAACACCCUGUCCUGUCAGAAUGGAAGGGAGGACAGAAGUGCAGUAUGUUAAGUCAUUGCCAUGUCCUCUUCACUGACAUCCUGUAUGUUUCCGGUGUCAGUCCAUAAGUAUAGAACAGAAAUU